GAAGCCAAUCUCACAACGUGUUCUCCUCGGCGACACCCACCUGAUCUCCCCUCCCCCCCCUUGCUGUGUGUCCUCCAACUGCACCACUAGUUCUUCCACCACCCCCUCCCCUUUGAUCUUUUUAGCUUCCCCCAACCCUCGUACGCCAUAAGAAGAAGAAGAAGAAGAAGAAGAAGCAGCAGCCCCUUCGAUGGAGCUGCAUCCCGGAUCCGCAAUAGUCAUUGCCCCCGCGAAUCGGGGACCGGGAGUCCGCGUCGAGCUGGUGCCGUCAUCAUCUUCGGAGGAUCCACCAGCCAAGAGCUCGGAAGAGCUCGUCGAUGCAUGCUCGAAGAAAAGCACUCGCGAAGAGCGCGCGGCGUGCUCGACGGAGGUCGCGAUGGAGCGCGUCGGAGCCCACGCGGCCGAGGAAAGCGGGCGGGAGAGGCUUAAGAGGCACAGGAUGGAGAUGGCGGGGCGGGUGUGGAUACCGGAGACAUGGGGGCAGGAGAAUCGACUAAAGGAUUGGAUCGACAGCUCGGUGUUCGACAGGCCUCUCGUUCCCAAGGGUUUGGUGUCGGCCAGGGAGGCGCUGGUGGAGGCGUGUCGACGGACGAGCUCCCGCUCGCGGCAGAUAAGAAACCCAUGCUAAUCAAUUCUCGGUCCUCAUCAUCACAUGCUGUGUGUGUGUGUUCGCUUGCUCGCUUGCUUGCUUGAUGAUAUCAUAUGCUUGCUCGCAUGGAACAAAAGCAAAUCUAUUAGUAUUCGCUCAGCUUUGACAUUGAAACGUGUAAUAUUAUUAGUAUUGACUGCUUCUCAUUCAUGUCACCUUCUCUAUUGAUCGCAGCGGUUCACGAACAGUGCAUGCAUGUGUUUCUCGAAAA